GGAGGGAGAACGGCCUAGUGGUUAAAGCAGGAGGCAUGCCGAUUGACUCCGCGUUGGCGAUGUGCUCUGGGACUGCAGCUCAUCUGGCAGAAGGUAGCGACUUACUUCCCACUGCCAGGCUGAAGUUUGUAAAAUGCCUGUUGAUCCUGAGAGGCACAAUAGUGUCCAAAAAGCAAAGUCUCUCGCUGUUUGCAGAGUCAGGGACUCCUGCUGUUUGAAACUCUCCAGACAGGAGGCUGGAGGAAAAACUGCCGAACAUAUUGUGUGUGCAACAAGGUAAGUGGAUUUCUUGUUCCCACUGACCAGAAGACAGGUGCUCAUUAGCCACCUGCCAUGUCUCAUUAACCAGCCCGUCUGUCUCUUUAAAAGCAUGAUGGACAGCUGCCUCAUCCAGCCAAUCCCACUGCUUGCUAGGAGCCUGAGCUGCCAAAAUGGGAGGGCUCAGGACCUGUGGGGUUGACAUCACCCUCCAGCUGAUUACAGAGGGCCCGGAAGAAGAGCUGUUUAUAGGCUGCCAGCGGGAGGCUGGGAAUGAAAGGACCAUGUGGCCGUUUUGGGGCCUGGAGGGGACCCGAGCCCCGUGUGACCAGAGCUUCCUGGAGGCCGUCAGUCAGCGCAUGCAGGUGCCCCGCAGGCUGAAGGUGGCGGACGAGUCCAGGCUGCUGGCUGAGGAGAGAGAUGUGGAGGCGCUUCCCCCUUCCUUCCGGAUGCACAUCCCAGAGAGGCUGUCGCUGGCAGACAUGAUGGAUAUGAGUCUAAGGCCUCUCCUGUCGGACCAGCUGCAGCAGCACCCUUCUAUUGUUGUGCAUAUGCCUCAGGCCCCCUCCACCCAGCCUACGGCAUUCGGGGAGCUCCCGUUUCAGGACACCGCUACCCGAUCAGGCGCCCAGAAACGCAAGCGAUUGACCCACCAUGGCAGACCGCGGAAGGAGAGAGCGCCGAGCGCGACCCCCCCGAUUGCCGUGUGUGGCACAAGCCAGAAGCCUGACCGGCCAGACACAUGCCCACCGCCCUGUCCCGGCCCCCCAUGCCCUCUGUUCCUCCAGGGCAGCAGGAUCUACUCCCUGCAGAAUAUCUUCCAGAUGGUGCGAUUCCUGGGUCACCUGCUCUUCCAGCGGGUUAAGAAGUCUGCUCAAGACCAAGCGCCACCCAGCUCUCAGGACGCAGGCGCAGCCUCAGAAAGCUCCCUGGAGGAGUUGGGUAUGACUGACAUGGUGGCCAUGAGAAGACAGUUGAACAAGAUCUUGGGGAGGGUGCAGACUCUGGAGGAGCAACGUACCAGCUGGCAGCAGAAGGAGCUUCUGGUCUACUCUGCGCUGGUCUCGGCGUGUCUCAUCAACACCUGGCUUUGGCUAAGGAGAUAGAGGGCCCUGCCCAUCCCAGGAGAGAGACCGAGAGCACGCCCAUGGGGGAGCGUGACGGGCGAAUCCUCGCUAAUGCACUUUCCAACAGUCAACUCCAUGUGCGUCCUAAAGUGCUUGGCCUGCUUCUCCUCCUGCAGAUUCCCUGAGGACUGGAGCUCUUCGGCCACUUUGCACCUAUGAUGCUGGCGGAGGUGGGGAGUGGGGGCAGGGGGGUAUGAGAACUGCGGGGCUGGGUUCUUUUGCCGGCACAGCCAGUGACUACCAGGGAGGGGUGGGGAAGGCUCACUUAUAACCAGUGAAUGGGUGUCCCGUGGCCAUGUUGCUGUGAGUGUAUCAGAUUGCUAGUGCUGUAUAAAUAUUAACGAGGGUGCGGUGAGCUUGGUUGGGUCCGUGCGUGGAGGAGAAGGGUUCCUAUGUGGAGGGGAAUCCUCCAGGGAUAGCCGAGGCACUUCAAGAAGUAGCACUUGCUGUUCAGAAGGUCCCUCUUUUUCCCCCCCGGCAUCGGCACUGAAGCCAGACCCCAAGAUGCUAGGCAGCGCUUCAUGCUUUUUUGGAAGAGAUAAAAUGGCAGUUCUGGGCACCUGUGGCCAUCGGAAAUCCCCCUGCUUUUUGGAUAAGUUCAGCCCUGAUCUCCUGGCCAAAUCCCAAACUUUGACUCCUUAAGGUUCCCCCGUAGUUUUCUCUAGGCACUUCCACAUCUCCUGCCCAGAAUUGUUGUUGGCUGGCUGUGCACUUCUAAGCACUUGCUACACCCCCGUGUGGAGAAGGCUGCAUCUUUGCGGUGGUUGAAACAAUCAGUGUCUACUUGGUGUGGCAGGCACAUAGAUAACCUCCAGGUGUUUGUGGGAUCGCUGUCAGUAUUCAGGUGUUGUUGUCUGGGAGUCUGGUGAUGUGUAAAGGGGGGUACCUAGGAUCUCGUACUCAGCACGCACCAGUUGGCUAAUAGAAUAGCCUAUCAAUUCUAGCCUGUCUAUCCCAGGAGGGCUAUGGGGUUGGGCUGGGAUAGAAAGGAAUUGUCUAGGCUCUGUAUUCGGGACAACUGUCCUGAACAUAUUGACACAUCCCCCUACUGAGCAAUGGAAGUGGCCAUGAAAAGCUGACCAGGACAAUUGACUCAUUAUUGGCUAAAAAACCAUCAAGUGAUGAGUCUAGAAAUGGCUGCCAGUUACCUCCUGGGUCUUGGCAAUCUUUGGGUUGGGAACGGCAACGGGAACCUUUCAGCUCCCAUGUGCAGAUCACUUGCAGUUUGGCGGGUGUCUUUCGCAGAGCAUCUAACUCCCCUGCCAUGCGCUCUCAAUGGUGGUUGUGUGCCACGAUAUUAUUUCUCUAGUGCCGACACGAGAGGUGUGCGAAGACGAGAACCCUGCCCCGGGGUGUUUGCUGUCUAACUAGACAAUGCGCUAAUGCAAGACAUGCAGAAAAUAGUAUGACGGAUGGGUACUUAUAUCAUUUACUUGCACUCAGCACUUCCUGGCCAUAACGGGGACACCUCCGGGUAGUUCUUCGGUGUGUAACGAUGCAUCUACCUGAAUUUUGGGACAGAGUUUCAGUCCAGGUGUAAGCCGGCUUCUUAUUCCACCUAUAAAUACAUGGGGAUACAAUUUAGGUGGCUAAGUACUGAAUUUCCAGGCGCAGGUAUAUAGAGAUUUAUAUGACUUGCGUUGUACCAAGUAGCCAGACCUGUAAAUCAGAUACUUGGGCACCUAAAUAAUCAACCCAUAAAUAUUUCUGGGUGCAAAUUCUACCUCUGCGGCCAAUGACUGAGCUGAAGAGACUGUCAAGAUUUAUUACAGCUGGAGCGGAGAUCUGCUGACUGUUCUGGAUAUGAAAUGAGGGGAUGGGUCGGCUGUCAGUCUAGAUGUGGUUCCUGCAUCUCCAGGUUAAGGAACCCUGGGGAGGGAGCAGGGUGGGGAUCUUGUAGUGCUUGUGCCUGGGUUAUUCUGCGGUGAUUGGAUUUCCGCCUGCAGGGCUGCCACUCCAGCUCCUCCCAUUUUUGGGGGUGGAGCCACUAUCGGCUCUGCCCAUUCCAGCAGGGAUCACAGGGACCUACCCCUGUAGUAUCACUCCAGUCACCUGCAAUUUAAAGAGAAGCUGCUUCAAGGCUGCCAGAAAUGUGUGUGCUCUAGCGGUGGCUCCCGGCUUCACAGAUGUGCGCCGCGCUUUCCCAGCCGGGCGACAGGCUGCAGACUGAUCCGGUGGGAUGUCCAGCACCUUCACGUUCCUGCGGAAACCAUUUUGGAGCAGGGGUGCUCUGCAAUGUGCAGGAUCAGGUCUGUUCGGUCUGCUCAGCUGGCUGUGGCUGAUCGGUCACCAGGGGUGCAAUAUGGAUUUUCUCUGUAUCCGGCAUAGGUCCCGAUUGCACGUGUGUAUCAAUCUGGAACCAUCACUCAAUAAAAUGUGUUUUUA